AGAAAGAACAGUAAAAAUGCAGGCAGGGCGCCGGACAAAGCACUCGGGACAAAAUUGAAUUUAGUGAAUGUCACUUUUUGGCAUUUUCAAAUUUCCUGCCAGUUCCGUCCCCCGUACGUCCCAACGCUCGCAGGAGACGGAACCCAGAUGACAGCAUCCACCGGAGGACAUUACAGGGGACACUGCAGGAGGGACAUCGUGGGAGCGCAGGACAAGGUAAGAGAAGAAGGGAUCCCUAUGCAACGCUGCAGUGUAUUCCCGAGUGUAGCUCGGGGUUACCGCUUGUGG